GGGAUAGUCACGAACUGCCGAGUCUCUAAAAACGCGAAAGAUGUCGUUCGCCAGUGACAAACUGUACAAUGGAUACUUGCGGCGAAAUAUGCCCGCCAUUGUGAGCAAGGUGAAAGUGAGAGAGAUAAUGGUCUAUCUGCCUUGCUUGACCGCUCAUGACAGGGAAACUAUAGAGGCAAAAAGAGAGAAUAGUGGGAAUUUUAAUGGCAUGGUGCUUCUCCUGGAGUGUCUGAAGAGGAGAGAAAACUGGCCGGAGCAAUUCAUCCAAGCUCUGGAGGCGUGUGAGCAGACAACGAUAGCGGCUGAGAUCAGAGCAGAAUACGACUCUCUGAAAGGCGUUAACAAUACCAACCCCAGCCCUUCUCCACCAAAUGUCGUCAGGGCACACGUCCACCCAGCACCAUCUGCCAGUGGACCAUCCGCUGCAGGAAGUGAUGGCGACAGUCAGGCUGCUGUUGCUCCGCCAGCUGAAGCAGCAGCUCCACCGGAGCCACCUGCCCAGGCUGAACCGAGUCUGGAAACCCCUGCGCAGCCACAAGCACCCCAGAGUCCAGCAGCCCAAGUUCCCAAGGCUGCUCCCCAGCCUGAGCCUGUCCCCGAGCCUCCACAGUCCACUGAAGCUGCAGUGGCACCCGCUCCAUCAACACCUCCUCCUUCACCCGACACCGACCACCGUCAAGCAGCUGCACCGCCGUCACCCGAGAGGGAGCUGGAAACUCACCAGGAGCCAGAGGAGAACUCUGAAUCAGACAUCCAGGAUGUUUCUGAUGGUAAGGUUGUGAUUCCUGAUCAAAUGAGCUCAGAAAACAGCAAGGUUUCAGUCAAGUCUGUGGUGACUCCUGAACCUUCCCAUACUGUUGAAACAUGUGAAACAGAUGCUCCAUCCCAUCCAGAUCCUCUCCAGACUACAUCGACCAACGCUGUCAGGCCACCACAGAGCCCCUCUCCGACUCGAGUAAACUCAGAUGCGACCGAUGGAUCUUCUUACCCCACACUGACCCCAGAGAAGCCUCCAGUCCAGGACACCAUGCCUCCUGUGGUCACAGCACCUACUACUGUCCUGCAGCCUGAAGAAGUGUCUGAACCUCCUACUACACAGGUUAUUCAAAGCAGCCCACAGAGAGAAACUACAGCUACAAUCUCCAACCUGCCUGGUGCUGCUGGGAUCGACGCCUCUCUCCAUGAUGAAAACUCUGUGUGUCUGAGCAAGCCUGGCCAACUUAUGAGCAUCCACCCCCAAAAUCAUGCCAGUCCUACCAUCGCUGCAACCAGCUCCCCAGUGGAGCCCUUCUCAGGCGAUAGUCAGCGUCUGCAAUUCAGCGAACCUGCCCCGGACACUGUGACCUCUGCCCACGUUCCUGCAUGCUCUGCUGUCAACACCGUGGAAGCAGUCUCUGCGCUGCCAUGCGAGGAGAACGGCAUCGCUCUGGACCACAACGAACCAGAGGAAAACCAGUACGACUCUCCCUGCCAGAGCUUGGACAUGCAGGAUGUGCAGGUGAACGUGGUGCAUGUGGCCGAGGAGCCGUCUAUCCUUAACCUAGACGGCCAGAGCUCAACACCACAAAUCAACGGUCAAGCAGCCAAAGAGAUCAACUCCGCACCACUAACCACCACUGCUUUUACUGUAUCGAGUUUAAACAGCCCUUCCAGUGAAAACUACCACCCCUCUGCACCUGUGUCAGCUGAUACUGCACCAGAGCACAAGACACUGCAGGAUCCAGAGGAGAAGAAGGCCCCUUGCGCCCUGCCAGCUAAUACAAAGUACAUUCUGACCGCUGCAGGAGUGGGCGCCUGUGCACUGCUGAUGGCGUGGAAGUUUAAGAAUUAAAAAGGAUUUAAUACCUUUUAAAGGAAGAGAAGAUUAGGCUUUAAAGCUUUUGAAAGAGGAUCUUAAAGGUAUGGUGCCUUAUUGUAGUCACUGGACUGGGAUGGCGUGAGCCAGCUGUUUAAUUAUUACCCACAGUAAUAGCAGACUUACCAGAGCUUUGGUUAUGUCAUUAAUUACAAGUGUGUAGUUAAGUUGGACUAUGUUUUAUCAUUUUAAUGUUGAAUGAAAAAAAAACCCUCCCAUUUUAUUCUAGUUAUUUGGGAACUUUGUGGAACUGGGUUGAGAUCUCAGGUCAUCUGUGCACUCGCUGCAAAUAUGUGUAAAGGUGCUCUGAGGCUGUAUGUUAAUGAAAGAAAUGUUGUAUGUUCACUUGUCUGGUAAGCACUUUCUAGAUAAGGUUGUUGGCUGUCAUGCAUUGAGAAUUAGUAUAUCAGGGUCCUGGAUUUUACUAGAAUGUGGUGGGAAAAGUACCCGUGUCACUGUCAUUUUUCUUUUCCUGUGGAUAGUUGGAAGUAGGACUGUAAAUCACGGCUAGUGCACUGUAUGUAUUUAUUUGUACAUAUAUAUACACUUUAUUUUAUCUUAAUUAUGUAUUUUGAGAAAACAUAGGUCUGUCAGAAACAUUCCAAAGCCCUCCUGGUGUUUUAAACCAAAUAUUCAACAAGAACCAGUCAGCUAAUAAUUUGAUUUCAUAUUUUGCUAAUUUAUCUGGUUUAUAGUCUAGACUAGUGUUUCCCAGACAUUUUAAAAACCCUGUCAUCUCUUGAAAGUGAUUUUUCCUUUCAUGUCACAAAAUGAAAAUGUAAUGAAAUAUUGUUGAAGAUGUACAAUAAAAACUUUGGGAACAGCUGGUCUAGACAGCCCAACUGCUUACUGGCUAUCACCUGGUA